GACAACAGAAAGCUCCGAACUCUCUCUCUCUCUCUCUCUCUCUCCUCUCUCUCUCUCUCUCAUGAUAUGUUCAAUGGGGUUUUUCUCGAACUUACAGAAUCGCAUCAAAUCCAAGGCGAAGAAACUCAACCUCUACUUCAUGGCGGCCGCCACCGUCCUCUGUUCCAUAUUCUACAUCGCCGGAAUCUGGCGCCAGGGCGGCGUCACCUCCGUCCUCCCCGGUCACCUAUCGUGUGAGGACCGUCCGACAAAUUCAUCAUCCAAAUCCCUGGAGUUUAUUUCCCGCCACUCCGCCGAGGAGGCCCUGCAACUUCCGGCGACGGCGGAGCGUGGGAAGGUGUUCCCGCCGUGCGGCCGGGAGUUCGUUGAGUACACGCCGUGCGAGGACCUGAAGCGGUCGCUGGAGUUCAAGAGGGAGAGGUUGGUGUACAGAGAGAGGCACUGCCCGGAGCGCGGAGAGGCGUUGAAGUGCAGGGUUCCGGCGCCGUUCGGGUACCGGACGCCGUUCCGGUGGCCGGAGAGCCGGGAGUCGGUCUGGUACGCCAACGUGCCGCACAAGCAUUUGACGGUGGAGAAGGCCGGCCAGAACUGGGUCCGGUUCGUCGGGGACCGGUUCAGCUUCCCCGGCGGAGGGACAAUGUUCCCCGGCGGCGCUGAUUCUUACAUCGAUCAGAUUGGAACGAUGAUCAAUCUAAGGGAUGGGUCCAUUCGCACCGCCAUUGAUACUGGUUGUGGGGUUGCAAGUUGGGGGGCAUACCUUUUGUCACGGAACAUCUUAACAAUGUCAUUUGCACCAAGAGACACACAUGAGGCACAAGUACAGUUUGCUAUUGAACGAGGAGUCCCUGCAUUGAUUGGAGUUCUUGCUUCUAUUCGGUUGCCUUACCCUUCUAGAGCUUUUGACAUGGCUCAUUGCUCUCGCUGCCUCAUCCCUUGGGGCCUGUAUGAUGGUGUUUAUUUAAUUGAAAUUGAUCGCAUUUUGCGCCCUGGUGGGUACUGGAUUCUGUCGGGGCCACCAAUCAACUGGGAGAGACACUGGAAAGACUGGGGGAGAUCCACCAGUGAUCUAAAAUCUGAACAAAAUGGCAUCGAGGGCAUAGCAAGAAGCCUUUGCUGGAAGAAAGUGGUGCAAAGGGGUGAGAUUGCUAUUUGGCAAAAACCCACUAAUCAUGUUCAUUGCAAAAUGAACCGCAGAGUCUUCAAGAAACCACAAUUCUGUCAAUUUCAAGAUCCAGAUGUGGCAUGGUACACCAAAAUGGAAGCUUGUUUAACUCCUCUACCUGAAGUGUCUGAUAUUAAAGAAAUAGCCGGUGGUCAGCUAGUAAAAUGGCCAGAGAGAUUGACUGCAGUCCCUCCAAGGAUUCUCAGUGGAAGUCUAGAAGGAAUCACGGCAGAGGUGUUCAGAGACGAUGCAGAAAUGUGGAAAAAGAGACUAUCACAUUACAAGAGUUACGACUACCAGCUAGCAGAGAGAGGUCGGUACCGUAACUUGCUUGAUAUGAACUCUUACCUGGGAGGGUUUGCAGCUGCUCUAGAUGAUGAUCCAGUGUGGGUCAUGAAUGUUGUGCCCGUUGAGGCCAAAGUAAAUACCCUGGGAGUGAUCUAUGAACGUGGAUUGAUCGGAACUUACCAGAACUGGUGCGAGGCCAUGUCCACGUACCCGAGAACUUACGAUUUCAUCCAUGCAGAUUCAGUUUUUAGUCUCUACCAGGACAGAUGUGAUGCACAAGACAUCCUAUUGGAAAUGGAUCGGAUACUGCGGCCUCAAGGCAGCGCAAUCAUCGGGGAUGACGUGGAUGUUCUCAAGCGCAUCAAGAGCAUCGUCGAUGCACUGCAGUGGCAAACGAGCCUGGUCGACGGUGAAGCCGGCCCGCAUUCCAGGGAGAAGCUCCUGCUUGCAGUGAAGAUGUACUGGACUGCUCCAGCUGAUGCUGCUGAGCCAAUUCACCAAAGCUCCAAUUCUGUGUCUUAGUGGGGGGGGGGGGGGGGGGGGGGGGGGGGGGGGGGGGGGGGGGGGGGUUCUGAAACACUCACUUCUUGUGCCCAUAAUUCUUUCAAUCUUUGGACAUAAACACUUUGCAUAGCAAUGGAAGGUAUAAUUUUCUCUUCACAAGACUUUGGUUUAGACUCUGAUUGGUUUUACAGCUUUCAAUUUCCUUCAUUUUGACUCAAAAAAUGUGAU